CUGUGCCACUGCACUCCAGCCUGGGUAACAGAGUGAGACUCCAUCUCAAAAAAUAAAAAGGUGGGGGGAUUUUACGUCCCUGCCUCUCAGGCGCCCUCCGCCUCAGUCUCCAGGGUCACCUGUGGCAGUUUCUCAGGCCCUUGUCUGCCCUCAAGACACCCCCAUGCUGGGCCCUGGGAUGCACAGUGCAGGUCCCCUCUUUUGCGCUGGCCCUCUGGUUCUCGCCACCGUGGGGUUAAUGCAGCAUGGGUUUUGCCUUUCAUCUGAUUUCCCAUCUCCUUCUGUCAGCUAAUGAUUAUUCAGGGAGCUUCACCUCACCCUGCUGUCCCUAUCCCAAAUCUGUCAAAGUUCUCUUUGGGGCAAAGGUCAUGAGAAUUAUGGCCAUGUGACUGCUGUUUUCACCCCACUCCCUCUGCCGUCUUGGUCCCACUGUUCUGAGGAGCUACCUUUGCACCCUGCCUCUGGCUCUCCUGAGCAGAGAGGUAAGUUUGUCUCUGCCUUAGGUGGAAAUGGCCACUAGAGUCCACCUGCUCAGCACUGUCUGCGUUUUCUUUCCCUCCUGUUCCCACUGGCUUUCUCCCUGGGCACUCUCACUUGCCCUUGUCUGUGCACUGGAGGCUGAGACUGAGCUGCAGGACUUGGGCCUCAGAUCCUGAUGGCUGACUCAGAAGCACUCCCCUCCCUUGCUGGGGACCCAGUGGCUGUGGAAGCCUUGCUCCGGGCCGUGUUUGGGGUUGUUGUGGAUGAGGCCAUUCAGAAAGGAACCAGUGCCUCCCAGAAGGUCUGUGAGUGGAAGGAGCCUGAGGAGCUGAAGCAGCUGCUGGAUUUGGAGCUGCGGAGCCAGGGCGAGUCGCAGGAGCAGAUCCUGGAGCGGUGUCGGACUGUGAUUCGCUACAGUGUCAAGACUGGUCACCCUCGGUUCUUCAACCAGCUCUUCUCAGGGUUGGAUCCCCAUGCUCUGGCCGGGCGCAUUAUCACUGAGAGCCUCAACACCAGCCAGUACACAUAUGAAAUCGCCCCCGUGUUUGUGCUCAUGGAAGAGGAGGUGCUGAGGAAACUGCGGGCCCUGGUGGGCUGGAGCUCUGGGGAUGGAAUCUUCUGCCCUGGUGGCUCCAUCUCCAACAUGUAUGCUGUAAAUCUGGCCCGCUAUCAGCGCUACCCGGAUUGCAAGCAGAGGGGCCUCCGCACACUGCCGCCCCUGGCACUAUUCACAUCGAAGGAGUGUCACUACUCCAUCCAGAAGGGAGCUGCGUUUCUGGGACUUGGCACCGACAGUGUCCGAGUAGUCAAGGCUGAUGAGAGAGGGAAAAUGGUCCCCGAGGAUCUGGAGAGGCAGAUUGGUAUGGCUGAGGCUGAGGGUGCUGUGCCGUUCCUGGUCAGUGCCACCUCUGGCACCACUGUGCUAGGGGCCUUUGACCCCCUGGAGGCAAUUGCUGAUGUGUGCCAGCGUCAUGGGCUCUGGCUGCAUGUGGAUGCUGCCUGGGGUGGGAGCGUCCUGCUGUCACAGACACACAGGCAUCUCCUGGAUGGGAUCCAGAGGGCUGACUCUGUGGCCUGGAAUCCCCACAAGCUCCUCGCCGCAGGCCUGCAAUGCUCUGCACUUCUUCUCCAGGAUACCUCGAACCUGCUCAAGCGCUGCCAUGGGUCCCAGGCCAGCUACCUUUUCCAGCAGGACAAGUUCUACGAUGUGGCUCUGGACACGGGAGACAAGGUAGUGCAGUGUGGCCGCCGUGUGGACUGUCUGAAGCUGUGGCUCAUGUGGAAGGCACAGGGCGAUCAAGGGCUGGAACGGCGCAUCGACCAGGCCUUUGCCCUUGCCCGGUACCUGGUAGAGGAAAUAAAGAAGCGGGAAGGGUUGGAGCUAGUCAUGGAGCCUGAGUUUGUCAAUGUGUGUUUCUGGUUCGUACCCCCCAGCCUGCGAGGGAAGCAGGACAGUCCAGAUUACCACGAGAGGCUGUCCAAGGUGGCCCCCGUGCUCAAGGAGCGCAUGGUGAAGGAGGGCUCCAUGAUGAUUGGCUACCAGCCCCACGGAACCCGGGGUAACUUCUUCCGUGUGGUUGUGGCCAACCCUGCGCUGACCUGUGCUGAUAUGGACUUCCUCCUCAACGAGCUGGAGCGACUAGGCCAGGACCUGUGAGCCUUCUCCUUGCUGCCAGCCUUGAUACCACCCCUCACCCGCAGAGUCGCUGCAUUUCCUCCCUGUGCUCUCAAGAACAGCCUUUGAGGCCGGGCACGGUGGCUCAUGCCUGUAAUCCCAGCAUUUUGGGAGGCCGAGGCGGGUGGAUCACUUGAGGUCAGGAGUUCGAGACCAGCCUGGCCAAUAAGGUGAAACCCUGUCUCUACUAAAUAUACAAAAAUUAGCCGAGCAUGAUGGCAUUCGCCUGUCAUCCCAGCUACUCGGGAGGCUGAGGCAGAAUUGCUUGAACCCAGGAGGCAGAGGUUGCAGUGAGCCGAGAUCGCACCCCUGCACUCCAGGCUGGGCAACAGAACGAGACUCUGUCUCAAAAAAAAAAAAAAAAAAAAAAAGAACAGCCUUUCUAGGCCACAGUGAUCUGCACAAUGUUUAUAUGCUUUGACCUACUAACUCCUUCUCCUAACUAAAUAUUUGAUUUUAGGAGAGUGUUUAAAUAAAUUAUAGUAUGUCUGUAUGAUGGAAUGUCAUUUUGCCAUUAAAAUUAUGUUUACAAAGAUAAUUUUUAUUGACAUAAAAAUAACUUUAAUGGGCCGGGCGCGGUGGCUCAAGCCUGUAAUCCCAGCACUUUGGGAGGCCGAGACGGGCGGAUCACGAGUUCAGGAGAUCGAGACCAUCCUGGCUAACAUGGUGAAACCCCGUCUCUACUAAAAUACAAAAAAAAAAAAAUUAGCCGGGCGAGGUGGUGGGCGCCUGUACUCCCAGCUACUCGGGAGGCUGAGGCAGGAGAAUGGCGUGAACCCGGGAGGCGGGGCUUGCAGUGAGCUGAGAUCUGGCCAUUGCACUCCAGCCUGGGCAACAGAGCUAGACUCCGUCUCAAAAAAAAAAAUAAAAUAAAAUAACUUUAAUGUAAUUUAUGUUGAAAAAGCUGAAUAUAAGACUUUAUAUACAGUAAUAUUUGAGCUAUGUUCAAAAAUACAUAGGAAAAGACUGAUAAAAUGAAAUAUGGCAAAAUGUUAAUAGUUUUCCCUGGAAUAGGGUAAUAGGCAAUUUUAAAAUAGACUCCUUUAAAAAAACAAAAGAAAAAAGCAUAGACUCCUUUAUAUGUUUUGAGCUCCCUCCCUUUUAUUAUGUAAUCAAUAUGCAUUACUUUUGUAAUGGGAAAAUAAUAAAGUUAAAAUUUCAAGUGCA